CGCGUGCGCGGUAAGGGAAAAGUGAGCGGCGCAUCGACAGCCGUCAACGCUGCGCUCCACUCUCAGUGCGAUCUGAACGUGCCAGCGAAGCGUUGUGAGCGCGCCGCCAUCAGCCCAAAGCCAGCCGAAUAAAGGCCUUUGUUUAUCCGCAAUCCGCCCGUCCGGUCGACUGGAAGGCUUUGAGCAGCUUUGGGGCCUUCAGCGCAGUCCCACCAGUGCAGUGCGCGGCCCGAGCGGACAGUGCAUGUGUUGGUGUCUUGUCCAGCGCCCAGUGGUGUGCCUGCUUUGAUGAUGUCUCAAUACCCCCGUGUGCCAGUGUGGAACCCCACCGUUGGGCACUAGACGGCGCCGUCGCUUGAUCCACUCCGAAUGGCUAUAGUGGGGCCCAGCCGCCACGCUAGGGUGUCCAUGUCCGUGUCUAUGAGCCUGAUGCAGGGGCCGGGAGGCGCGGCCGCCGCCCCUCAGGGCGGCCUGCAUGCCGCGCAGCCCUACUAUCCGCAUCAUCCCCAGCAGCAUGCCGUCGCCCCCGCCCAUAGCCAGGAGCAGGUGCAGCCCGAUCGGCCCAUCGGCUACGGCGCCUUCGGAGUCGUUUGGGCUGUGACUGAUCCGCGCGACGGCCGCCGCGUCGCCCUCAAAAAGCUGCCAAACGUGUUUCAGUCGUUGGUGUCCUCAAAGCGCGUCUUCCGCGAGCUGAAGAUGCUGUGCUUCUUCAAGCAUGAAAACGUGCUGGCCGCCCUCGAUAUUCUGCAGCCUCCCCACCUCGACUUUUUCCAGGAGAUAUACGUCAUCACGGAGCUGUUGCAAAGCGACCUGCACAAGAUCAUCGUGUCGCAUCAGCCGCUCUCCUCCGACCACAUCAAGGUCUUUCUCUAUCAGAUCCUGCGCGGUUUGAAGUAUCUGCACUCGGCGCGCAUUCUGCACCGCGACAUCAAGCCCGGCAACCUGCUGGUGAACAGCAACUGCGUGCUGAAGAUCUGCGACUUUGGGCUGGCGCGGGUGGAGGAGCCCGACACCAGCAAGCACAUGACGCAAGAGGUGGUGACGCAGUACUACCGCGCCCCAGAGAUCCUGAUGGGGGCCAAGCAUUACACGGCCGCCGUCGAUGUGUGGUCGGUCGGGUGCAUUUUCGGCGAGCUGCUCGGCAGGCGCAUCCUCUUCCAGGCGCAGAAUCCGGUGGAGCAGCUCGAGCUGAUCACCGAGCUGCUGGGCACGCCCACCAUGUCCGACAUGAAGUACGCGUGCGAGGGCGCCAAGGCGCACAUGCUGCGGCGCAACCCCAAGCCGCCCAGUCUCUCCGCCCUGUACACGCUGUCGGCGCAGGCGUCGCACGAGGUCGUCCACCUGCUGUGUCAGAUGCUGGUUUUCGAUCCGGACAAACGCAUUUCGGUUGUGGACGCUCUCGCGCACCCCUACUUGGACGAGGGCCGUUUGCGCUACCACUCCUGCAUGUGCAAGUGCUGCUUCACGAUGACAAGCGGCAUGCGCCAGUACACGAACGACUUUGAAAUUACUGCGCAGCUGCCGUUCGACGAUCUGUGGGAGCGCAAACUCACCUCCGUGCAGCAAGUGAAAGAGGAAAUGCACAAGUUCAUAGCGGAGCAGCUGAACACCAGCCGAGUGCCGCUCUGCAUCAAUCCCCAAUCGGCGGCGUUCAAGAGCUUCGCCAG